AUGUAUCCUAAAAUUCCUAACCUAUCAAUGCAUCUCGUGUAUCCCACCCAACUCCUGUAUCAGCUCAUUUUUAUAAAUUUAAUAUCAUCACAGGACGUACAAGAUGAACUACCAUGUGGAAAUGGGAAUAUCUCCAACCAAUCGCAUCCUGUCAUAGAAGAACACGAGUUUAUUCAGCCAAUAAGGACAAAAAUAAAUUUGAAAAGAAAUAAUCGGGAUGAGAGAGAAGACGAGGCGUACAAACUUAUGAAAAGAGCGGCUGAUGAAAUUGAGAGAAGAGAUGAAUGGAGUACGUUUGGAACUUUUGUAGCCGAUAAUAUCAGAAAACUCAAACCUUUAAAUCAAAUAUUAGCCAAACGUGAGGUAACCAAUAUGCUCUUUGAUUUACAAAUGAAAGAAAUAGAGACGAGUGGAAGACAAAGUUCAUUGCCGCCUGAAUCUCCGGCAACCUCAGUUGACACUUGUGAAAGUGACAGUCACUCUUUUACAUAUGAUGAUUCAACUGGCCUCAUGGUGAACACUGCUAAUCACCCGACCACACAUGAACUCAACGAGUAUUUGUCAUUCAGAACACGCAAUGAUGAGUAA